AUGUCCCACGCGAGGGGACAGUUGAUGUCCAUACAUGUUGGACAAUGUGGAAAUCAGAUUGGACAGAGUUUCUGGAAAACGCUUUGUGAUGAACACGCAAUUGACGGGAGAGGUCGAAUGACUUGCGAGGAAAGUCUUCACGACGACAAAGAUGUGUUUUUCUACCAGGCAGAUGAUGAUCACUACGUCCCUCGUGCAGUCUUGGUUGACUUGGAACCAAGAGUCAUCAACGGAAUCAUGGCUAGCGAGAAUUUCAGCAGACUCUUUAAUCCUGACAACAUCUACAUGUCAACACACGGAGGUGGUGCUGGUAACAACUGGGCAAGUGGUUACGGACAGGGAGGGGAAGUCUAUGAGCAGAUUCUGGAUAUUAUCGAGCGUGAAUCCGAAAACAGUGACCAGAUGAAUGGAUUUCUGUUCACUCAUUCAGUAUCUGGAGGCACAGGUUCCGGAAUGGGUUCGUUGAUCCUGGAGAAAAUCCGUGAUAGGUUCCCCAAGAAGAUCAUUUUGACAUUCUCUGUGUUUGCCAACCAUGGUGAGACGAGUGACGUAAUUGUACACCCCUACAACUCUGUUUUGUCCAUGGAGAGGCUGAUUGAUUUCCCAGAUCACGUUGUGGUAAUCGACAAUGCGGCAUUGAACAGGCUGGCUGCCGGAAAAUUCGGCACACAACAGCCUACAUUUGAUCAUAUCAACUCGCUGGUUGUUCGUAUCAUGUCUACGUCGACAGCUACAUUCAGAUUCGAUUCCCACCUUCUCACUUCAAUACGUUCACUUUUUAUAUCUCCAAUGCAACCUCUUCACUUUAUUCAAGCAGGUUUCUCCCCCGUUGUUGAUCCCAAUGAGUCAUUUACGAGAAAAACUUCGGUUGCGGACGUGGUGCGAAAUCUUUUGAAACCUUCUUCGAUGAUGGUUUCUACUGCAAGUAUGACGAAACCAACACAUUGCAUGUUGUCGGCAUACCUUUUUUUGCAAGGACAAAUCACUUCGACUGACGUGAACACCGUCUGUCUAUCCGAAAACCACUCCAUAAACGCAAUUCGUCGCGCACCUUGGGACUUCACAAACCCUUUGCGAAUUGUACACGCACCUUCUUCUCCAUACAUCAAACCCCAGUACAAGGUGUCUGGUCUGAUGCUAAACAAUCACACUAGCAUUGCACCUCUUUUCGAGCGUAUACUGCAACAGUUCGCUCGACUCCGCAGCAAAAAUGCAUUCAUAGACAGAUUCCAGAAAGAGGAAGGGUUCAGUGUCGAUAUGAUGGACAGCUCUGCAGAGCGAGUACAGGAAUUGAUAGACUUAUAUUCCGAAGCAGAAAAACCUGAAUUCCUCGGAUGA